CAGAAUGUCCAAGAUCAGGCGGAAGGUAACAGUGGAGAAUUCAAAAACCAUAUCUGAUAGCAGCAGCACCACCACAACCAGCAGCACCGCCAACCCCGCCGUCCCCUCCCGCAGGCCCAGUGUGUUCGAACGACUCGGGCCCAGCACUGGGAGUAAUGCUGCUGAUAGUCAGUGCAGAAAUUGGCUGAAGACCGGUAAUUGCAUUUACGGCAACACUUGUCGCUACACACAUGGAAGUCAGCCGCGGGGCAAAGGAUUUAGCUUCAGCCGGUCAACUGAGAGGCCCACAGGUGAUCUGCGGGAGAGGAUGAAGAAUAAAAGACAAGAUGUUGACCCAGAAAACUCAAAACGAGACCUAGACGAGCCCACGUCCCCCACAGUGAGAAGAGAGUCCUCCAGAGGUCGACACCGGGAGAAGGAGGACAUAAAGAUCACAAAGGAGCGAACCCCAGCCAGCGAAGAAGAAGAGCCCACAGAGGGGAAACAAACCACUCGGACAUCGGAGGACUACGACUACGAGCUAUCCCUGGAGAUGAAGCGCCAGAAGAUUCAGCGCGAGCUGAUGAAACUGGAACAGGAGAUGGAUAAGAGAGAAGAGAUCGUCAUUAAGAAAGCUGAGACUCCCACAAAAUCCAGAAAUGUCUCUUGUAAAUCUCAGGCCUCUCCCGAGCGGUUGAGCUCCAAAGGCUCACCGUCAUCCAGAAAGUCCAUCACCCCCCCAAAACACAAGAGUGGAACCAAAGGGGCGGGCUCCGGGAAGAAAGAGAAGAAGGCCUUGGUGUCGUCACCAGCCUCCGAGACAACCAGAUUGUUUCAUGAAGAGAGAUGCUGUGUAUUAUUGUGAAACAGAUCCUCAAAGGGGGGCCACAGCAAGAAGAAAGGGCCCCGCACCCGUCCUCCGCCACCAGUCCCUCUGGACCUGCCUGUGAUCGGGAAGAAGCACAAAGGAAAACAAAACAAGGAGAAGUCUGAGGAGAAGCAGAAGGAGGAAAAGAUCGAGGACGAGGACACCGAGAAGCACAAGGAGAAGAAAGAGAAACGCCGGGACCGAUCGGACAGUUCCCACAAGGCCAAGAGGUCGGUGACGUCGGAGGAGCGCUCGGGCAGUGUGCCGUUUGCCUCCAGGGGGGCGUCGCCCGCAGCCAGGAAGAAAUCCGCCUCGCCCAAAGCCUCGUCUCACAAGAGCGCCGCUCUCGCCUGCUCUCCCCCGAGGUCCCCCUCCCCUCCUCGCCACCAGCACACGCCCACUCCGCCGCGCCACCGCUCCCCGUCCUCCCACUCGGGCUCCUCCGCCCACAGACACUCUCCGUCCCCGCGGCGGCGGCGCUCGUCCUCCCCCGCCUACCACCGGAGCUCGGCGGCGCAGGCCUCCACCUCCUCGCCCCCGAGCUCCCGCCGCUCCCGCUCGCCCGCCCCCUCCCACGACCCCUCCCCGCCCCCCCGGCGGUCCGACCGGUCCAGCCCCGGCCGGCGGCACUCCAGGGGCAGAGAGCGGAGCCGGGGCGAUCGAGAGAGGAGCCCGCCCGCCCAGGACCGCAGAUACGAGCGCAGAGAUGACAGCCGCAGCAAGAGAGACAAAGACGGCGUCCGCGACGACCGCGACUACGACUCCGAGCAGGCGUCUUCACGAGACGACCGCGACGGCAGAGACGGGGACCGAGGGAGGGAGGCGGUCCGGGAGUUCCGCGACAGCCGAGACGUGAAGGAAUCUCGAGACGGCCGCUCCGGCCGCGAGUCUCUGGAGAGACGCGACCGCGAGCGGGACCGGGACAGGGAGCGGGAGAAGGACCGGGACCGGGACAAGGACCGCGACAGAACCGAGUCCCACAGGAAGGAGGAGGCGGCUCAGGACGACCGGGGCUACGGGCGAGGCCACGGCCGCGAGGACGUGAGGACGGAGCGCGCCGACAGGAAUGGGCGUGGCCGAGGACGGGCCAAUGAGACGACUGAGAAAGGCUCCAACAGAAACUCCCGCGGCUCCCAGCUGGACUCCCAUGAUGCCUGGGAGUCCCGCAGCAGCGCCGCCCGCGAGCGCAGCGCCGAGAGGAGCUCCGAGAGGGGCUCCGACCGAGACCGCUACGACAGCGACAGGAGGGCGGAGCCAGCCAGGGACUCCUCCUACGACCGCAGGGGGGGCCACAGCGAGCGGGACCGCCGGGACAACAGAGACCGAGACCAAAGAGGAGCGACUCCAAACAGACAUCAGGGCCGGUCGGACGAGUCGGAGCGCGAGGAGAGGAGGGACGACCGCAGGCCCGAGCGAGCCGAGGACAGGCGGGACGACCGGACCCGGGAGCGGGACCGGGACCGGGACCGGGAGAGAGAGCGAGAGAGGGAGAAGGAGAAGGACAGAGAGCGGGAGAGAGAGAAGGAGAGGGAGGCCGAGAGGGAGAGAGAGAGGGCCAGGGAGCGAGAGCGUGAGCGGGAGAGGGAGCGAGAGAGGGAGAGGGAGAGAGAGAGGGAGAGGGAGGAACGGGAGAGGGAGAGGGAGGAGAGAGAGCGAGAGAGGAAGGAACGGGAGAGGGAGCGAGAGAGGGAGAGGGAGCAGCGGGACCGAGAGAGGCAACGGGAGUGGGAGGAGAGGGAGCGGGGGAGGGAGGAGCGGCGGGAGAGGAGGGAGGACGCCCGAGACGAGCGGCCGGUCCGAGACGUCAGGGACGAACGGAAGAUGAGGCGAGUCCGUAAGAGAGCCCGGGUGGAGAGCAGCCCGAGCCCCCGGCCGUCGCCCAAACGCCCCGCUCGAGACCUCAGCCCGGCGGACAGCGACGGCUACAACAGCGGCGAAGACAAAAACGGAGAUAAGCACCGCCUCCUGAGUCAGGUGGUGCGGCCGCAGGAGCCCCUGUUACGGUCGCCGCCACGGGCCGCCUCCGACGAGAAGGCCCACUGGAAGGAGGAGGAGCGACGGGUCGCGGGGACAAGCGGGAGGCCGCGCGCACGCCACGACGACCCCGGAGCUGCGGGGCGGCGAGCGAAGCAGGGGGGCGACCGGCGGGCGGAGCACCUCUCGGACAUCCUGCCCGACUCCCGCGGCCGAGGCCGGGACCAGCGGGACGCCACCCCGCCUCCUCCCUCGGCCCUCGCCGCCGCGAGCGACAGCAGAGACCCCGGCGGCACCCAGUCCCACGAGGAGGGCAAGAAGAAGACCAAGUCGCAGAGGAAGGGCCUGAAGAAGGGCCGCAAAGAGGAGGAGGCGGCCGGCGGCAACGGUCCGGCGGCGGCCGGGGAUCUGUGCAACCCCGAGCCGCCGCCGGGGGCAGCGGCCGACGGGCCGCCGCCGCUGCACUCCCCAAGAAAAAUAGCGAAGAAGAAGCCGCUGGACCGCAAGAGGAAGCGCUCUCGAGGAGAGUCGGACGUGUCCGAGGAGGAGACGGUGACCCACCAGCCCCACGGGAAGAGGAAGCGAGGCCCCCGGACCCCGCCGCCCUCCCUGAGACCCGACCACCGCGGCCCCGGGGGCAACGCCGACCCCUCCCCGCUCUCCAAAAUGGACAAUUUCAGUGACUGGUCAGACGAGGAGGUGAGCGACCGAGGGGGUCCUCUGGAAACGCAGGCCCCCCCUUUCCCUGUGGAGAGGCCCCCCGCCGAGCCCCUGAGACGAGGAGCCGGCCCCCGGAUGGGCAGGGACAGAGAGCGCUGCAAUCCGGCCCCCAUCGCCCCCCUGCUGUCUCAGGACCCCCCCAUGCUGCUGCAGACCCUGACCCCCCAGCCGCUCAUGUCUCAGCCGCUGCUGCGGAAGCCGCCGCCGGAGCCGGCGCGCAGCAGCAGCCUGGGCAGCAACCAGAGCCGCGCGUCGUCGCGCCGCCUGCGCUCACCCUCCAACGACUCGGCGCACCGCGACGACCUCCCGGGGCCCAGGUCGCGCGGGGCCGGCCGCAGGGGCGGUUCCCGGGACCGGGACCGGGAGAGGGAGAGGGAGAGGCCGGGGGUGAGCGAUCCUCCCGGAGCCGAGAGGAAGUCCCGAAUCGACCAGCUGAGGAGGGGCGAGCCGAGCCGCAGCACGUCGUCAGGUAACCCGGACUCCCGCAGCCACAGCUCCAGGCGCAGCUCUCCGGACUCGGAGCGCCAGGCCAGGUCCCGGUCCCGAGCCGGCUCCUACGACAGCCGCGAGCGCGGAGAGCGCGAGCCGUUCGAGCGCGACAGAGAGCGCGAGCGGAAGGACCUGCGACCCCAGCAGCCGGCGCCGGCGCCGCAGCAGCCGCCCCUCCUCCUGCAGCAGCCGCUGCAGCAGCAGAGGGACUGGAGCCCGAGCCCCGGGACUGGCCCGGGCCCCGGCCCCGGCCGCGGCCGCGAGCCCCCUGCUGAUGCGACCCGCCGCGAGCCGCUGCUGAGGGAGCGGGACAUGAGGGAGGAGCGUCUCCUCCCGAGGGUUCUCCUCCAGCAGCACGAGCGGGACAGGGAGCGGGACCGCGGCGGACAGAGACGGGACAGGAUGAUGCUGAUGGACCUGCCGCCGCACGGGGACCCCCGGGCCCAGGGCCGAGCGAGGCAGGACCGGAGCGACUACGAGCCCCUGCUGCCGCGGGACCUUCAGCCCACAGAGAGGAGAAAACAGAGCAACAGCCAUCAUGUCAUCGAGCAGCGUGAGCCCGAGAAGGCAGACAGCAUCGAUGGAGACGACGAUGGCAAAGAGGACGACAGUCAGUCAGUGGCGUCUGUUGGCGAGGAGUACGAACCGAUCAGCGACGACGAGCUGGAUGAGAUUCUGGCCGACAGUCAGAAGAAAGAGGAUCAGCAGGAGGAGGAGAAGAUUUCAGGUCCUCUGGAUGUGAUCGAUGUGGACUGGUCCAGCCUGAUGCCCAAACAGAAGCAGGAGCCCCGGACGGCGGGGGCGGCGCUGCUCCGCUUCACCCCUGGAGCGGUGCUCCUGCGAGCCGGCAUUUCCAAGCGGCUCGCCGGCCCCGAACUGCUGGAGAAAGUCAGAGAGGUGUGCAAGUCUGAGCUGGACGACCCCAAAGAUGCUGACAAGCUGUUCGAGCACGACCCGGGCGCCCUGAACAUGGCGGCCCUCAACAGGCGGGUGGAGAGGGACGGCUUGCUCAGCAACCUGGGGCCUUGUUGCAAGGCCCUGUGCGCCCGCAGAGACUUCGCCAUCCGCCGGCAGUUGCUGAAAAACGAGAAGGGUCUCACCAAGCAGUAUCCACAACGCCGGUGGUGGACCAGCGAGCUGCUGCAGAUGAGCAUGCGGCUCUUCAGGAGGACUAUGGCCGGUCAGCCCACGGCUCCGGAGAGGUCGGACAGUGGGCCGACGCCGGCAGCCGAGGCGGCUGAAGGUGGCGGCAGUAAGAUAAACACAGCAGCUCAGGCAGAGAUGUGUGUGUCCUGAGAGAGAGCGAGAGAGACGUCGAAGUGUUUCUUUAACCCUCAGUCUGUUCUGCCUCGUGUCAUAAUGUGUAGCCUUAUUAGGAACUAAAAAUGGAGACUCGGUGAUACUUGUUUUCAUCUGUAAUUGCAGACUGUCAAACUCGCUGAUGGAGAUGUGCAACCAACCAUGUACACACCUUUCUGGAUUCAUGUUUUUUUGUGUUUCACAGCAGACUUUUAAAUGUCAGUCCUUAACCGAGUUUCAAUUUCGGAUUGAUUUUCAUCACCUGUGCUUCAGUUACUGUAACUGUGCAUUAAAAUUGUUAGAUGAUCA